AAACAGCUCGGAGCAGCCUGAGGAAGGGACCAGACCACUCACCACCAGUCUGCCACGCGCUCUCCUCAGGUGCACCAGGACCGCGCGGCAUGCCCUUUGCUUCUCCUUCGCUCGCCUAGACCACAUUCUCUCUGCAAUGGAGGCAUUUCUCAGCGGAAAAUCGGCGCUUUUACUCGCUGCGUGUCUGGCGAGCAUUAGUUGGAGCGCAGAAGGCAGUAAUUUGUGCAAUGGGAACCUGGCUGGACACCAGGGCAAAUACACAUGGGGAGAUGCCCUGACAGACUCACCUGACUGUAUUGGACCAACAGGAAGCCCAUACCCAAAAUCACAGAUAGCUCGAAUGUUUGGCAAAUCCAGGACGAAUGACGGUCUGUGGACGGGCUCUUCAAGAUCGGGCCGAGGAAUGUUCGGAUCGACGCCGGUCAUGGAGCCGCACACAACAAGAAAGGCUCUUUUGAAGGCCUACGAAAUCACCAAAGGAAACAGCCCUAGUGAUACAACCAGAUCAGGAAGGGGCAGCAGCAACCUCUUCUCGAGUCCUGCUGCAAAGGAGGCGUGCGGCUACAGUAUGCCGGGAAGGUUGUGCAAAACCAGAUACAACACCACCGCGCCUAUGUAUGGCGUCUCUCUCACCUCUGGACAGCCAGUCACCAUUGUCCAGAAGUUCCCUGACCUCUUGCAACAGGUUGUCUUUGAGGUUUGCGAAUCCAGCGAAUGCGCGGUGAUACAGGGUGAGUGCACGCAAACAUAUGUGCCGUACCUCUUCUUGGUGAUUCCCUUGGGCCCCGUGACUCUGACUGGCCAAGACUAUGUCCUUGUCGAGAGUGGCUGCACAUGCAGACCCAAGUUUGGCGCUCCAGCGACCGACGAGGGACUCGGAUCGAUUCCGCCGCUACCCAACUUCCCUUGAACUGCCAAAUGCAUCAAACCUUCCACUAGUAUGUGAUGCCCAAAUAUUUUUUGCAAGGGAUCGAGAGAGCGCACAGUUAUUUGCCGAGAGUCGACUUAUUGUUAAGUAUUUAUUGCGAGUGAUUGUGGACGCAGAAGUUUGUCCUCAGGCCAACGGGCAAUGCACGAAUUCGCCUCAGGACAAAUUUGCAGAACAAAAGGACGGCGAAAAUGUAUGUUUUCAAUUAAAAUGUUUGUAAGUAGAGAAUGCAGAUAAGCAUUGUAUUAGUUUUAAUUUAUAUUGUGUUUCAAUAACGAUUACAUUUUGUCUAGAAUCUAAAUUAUAGGACAAUAAAAAAGAAGGCGAAUAGACUGAAA